AUGGCUACGUGUUUGGUCAUGCAGCGUCAUUCUAGGUAUUAUGAUGUCUACAACCCCAAGCACCGAGUUGUCGUGAUUGUUGUAUGUGGUGCUAACUUAGCGCCAUGGCGAGACUUGAAGGAAGAUAACGUGAUGGUGACGUCUAAUGGCCACGCGAAGAUCAUCGAUUUCGGCCGUGCCGUGUGCCUACCCCCGGGCGAAAAUGUCAUGGUCCUAAGGAAUUUGAUGUUCGCACAUCCACCGGAGAUGAAUGAUGAGUCCAUGGGUGGUGUAGAUACCAAAGCUGACAUGUUCUUUCUGGGAAGGCUGCUAUUCAAGGUGUUAUAUGGACUGAAGCCCUUCGGAGAUAUCGAACAUCUGGGUUGGAAGGCACAGAAUUGGGCAAUAUACCGCGGCAUCGACACAGAUUCCAUAUAUCCGGACCCUGUGUCCGAGUCGUUGAAUGAUUUAGCCAGCAGGCUGCUUAGCUAUUAUCCUAGGUACAGACCUACGGCUGCUGAAGCACUCAAACAUCCUUGGUUCACUUCUGAUCCGGGGUAUGUGUACCCACAGCUAAGGACCUUCCGGCAGAGUCUGAACCAGAACUCCCAGAUCAAUGAGUCUGCUCUGAAGGCCUUAAGUGGAGAGAUCGGAGUGCACUCUGAGGACUUGCGACCGGAGAUUCUGGGCAAGACCUCCACAUGGCAGUCUAUACUGUACGCAUCACGCACUCUGCCACGCCGCAACCUCGUGCUCUAG